AUGGAUCAGGCGAAGCGACUGGGCGCGCCGACGUGUCGAAGCGAACACGUGUUGAUAGCGCUCACGCGGGGACGGGAUCGGACGUCCAAGGCGUUGGUGAAGUUUGGUGUCACGGAGGAGGCGACUCGACGGGCGUCGAUGGGGCGGAAUGGGAACGUGGAUGUGUCGGAGAGCGGGGCGGGCGGGUUGAAGGCGAUGAUGUCGUUCGGCGGACAAAAAUCAGCGGGGCCGGAGGGGCUGUUGCCGCUGAGUGAGGAGUUAAAGAUGGUUUUUGAAAGGGCUUCGUCCUCGGCGACGGAGGUCGGGAGUAAGGAGCUGGCGUUGGCGAUGAUUGAUGACGUCUCGUGCGGGGCGAACGAGACGCUCAAGGCGAUGGGGACAGACGUAAAGGUGCUCAGGAAGGAGGUCUCGGGGGCGAACGAGCGCGAACUCGUGGGAGCUGGGAAGAAGACGAGAAAGGCGAAGAAGCAGACUCUGAAAGAGUGCUCGAUCGAUCUCACCGAGGAGGCGAGAGAGGGGAAAUUGGAUCCCGUAUUGGGGCGAGACGAGGAGGUGACGCGAGUGAUGCGCAUCUUGGUGCGAAGACGCAAGUCUAAUCCGUGUCUCGUGGGCGAACCCGGGGUUGGGAAGACAGCCAUCGCGGAGGGCUUAGCGACGAUGAUCGCCAGUGGGAACGUCCCGGAGUCGCUGAAGAAUAAGCGCGUCGUGAGCCUACAACUCGGAUUGCUCCUCGCGGACACCAAAUAUCGAGGCGAGUUUGAAGAAAAGAUGAAAAACGUCCUGGAGGAGGUCAAAGCGGCAGGAGACAUCAUCUUAUUCGUAGACGAGAUUCAUAUGCUCGUCGGCGCGGGCGGGACGGGCGAAGACGGCGGCAUGGAUGCCGGUAACCUGAUGAAACCCGCGUUGGCGCGAGGCGAGCUGCAGUGCAUCGGGGCGACAACCAUCGACGAGUACAGGAAACACAUCGAGAAGGAUGCCGCCUUGGAGCGGCGAUUUCAGCCCGUGCGCGUAAAUGAACCGAGUCCAGAGCAGUCUCUCACAAUUUUGAGAGGUUUGCGCGCCACGUACGAGGAGCAUCACGGCGUCUCCAUCUCGGACGAGGCGCUCAGCGCCGCCGUCACUCUGGCGACACGUUACAUCAACGAUCGCUUCUUGCCAGACAAGGCUAUCGAUGUCAUCGACGAGGCUGGGGCACUCGUGCAACUCAACGCUAACGGUUCAAAUAUUGUUGAUGAGACGCACGUCACCGAGGUCGUCGGGCAGUGGACGGGCAUUCCUGUGCAACAGCUCAGCGCCGACGAGUCAAGGACGCUGAUGAAUUUCGAGCAAGAGCUCGGAAAGCGCGUCAUCGGUCAAGCUGAAGCCGUGCGGUCGAUCUCCCAAGCGAUUCGCCGUGCCCGAGCCGGACUUGCGGAUGCGUCGAAGCCGGUCGCUAGCAUCAUUUUCAGUGGUCCCACUGGUGUGGGAAAGACGGAGCUUGCCAAGGCUGUCGCGCAAACGUACUUCGGCGCCGAGAAGGCGAUGGUACGCAUCGACAUGAGCGAGUACAUGGAAUCGCACUCGGUGAGUCGAUUGAUCGGUCCACCGCCCGGGUACAUCGGUUUUGGGGAGGGCGGUCAACUCACCGAAGCGGUGCGCACGAAUCCGCACUCGCUCGUGCUUCUGGACGAGAUUGAAAAGGCACAUCCAGAUGUGUUCAAUAUUUUGCUCCAAGUCUUGGAGGAUGGUCGCCUGACGGAUAGCAAGGGUCGAACGGUGGAUUUUACGAACGCUAUGCUCGUCAUGACGAGCAACAUCGGUAGUCGAGAGAUUUUAGAUUCCAUGACGGGAGAGGGCGACGAGGAAGCCAAGUACAAGGCGCUUCAAACCAAGGUGAAGCGCGAGCUCGGACGCGAGUAUCGACCCGAGUUUCUCAACCGCCUCGACGAAAUCGUCGUCUUCAAGCCUCUGCAAAAGACUGAGGUGAGCGAGAUCGCCGACAUCAUGCUGAACACGGUGGCAAAACGAGCGGCCGGUAAGGGAAUUUCCCUCAAAUUCUCCCCGAAAUUCAGAUCUGUGCUGUAUGCCAACGGAUUCUCCACGCGCUUUGGCGCCCGACCGAUGCGUCGAUGCGUCCGCGGUUUGUUGGAGAACAACUUGGCCGAGUGCAUGCUCGACGGCUUCGCCUCCUCGGGCGAUACCGUCACGUUCGAUUACGACGAGGACGCUGAUAUCAUAACCGUCUCUACGGCUACGAGCACGAUGUCUCGCGAAUUUUCCGUCGAAUUUGCUUCCGGCAUUGAGGACGACGCGUCCGACGACGCUCCGCCUCGGCGCGGCGGCGAUUUCCCAUCGUUCCCGAACGACGAAUCCACCGGUACCACCGCGCAGGCGUUUGCGUGA